GUUAUUGAACUGAUUAAUUAUGGACUAAAAACGAAAUUUGCCCUCGACUAAACUUCACAAUCAACAAUGGAGUCACUAAUCCUGCAGCUGCACGACAUCGCCGCCGUGAAAUUCGGGAACUUCAAGCUGAAAUCCGGCAUCUCCUCUCCGAUGUACAUCGACCUCCGCCUCGCCGUCUCGUACCCAUCCCUCCUCCGCCAAAUCUCCCACGCCAUCGUCGCCACCCUCCCUCCCUCCGCCCGAUACGACGUCGUCUGCGGGGUCCCUUACACCGCCCUCCCCAUCGCCACCUGCUUCUCCGUCUCCUCCGGUACUCCGAUGGUCAUGCGCCGCAAGGAGGUCAAGGACUACGGCACAUUGAAAGCCAUCGAAGGUGCGUUCGAGCGGAAUCAGAUCUGCCUGAUUAUCGAAGAUCUCGUUACCAGCGGCGCCUCCGUGCUCGAGACGGCGGCGCCGCUUCGUGCCGCCGGGCUGGAAGUUACCGAUGCGGUUGUCAUGAUUGAUAGGGAACAGGGAGGAAGGGAGAAUUUGGCAGAAAAUGGGAUAAAAUUGCACUCAAUGGUGAAGCUGAGUGAAAUGGUGAGCAUAUUGAAGAAGAAGGGGAAAGUUUCAACGGAAUCCGAGAAAAUGGUUACGAAAUUCUUGGAGGAGAAUCAAAAGAUUCCUGCACCAGUGAUGAGAGCACCACCUAAGAAGGCUCGAUUUAGACUCCCCUACGAAGAGAGGGCAAAUAUGGUAAAGAAUCCAACCGGAAAGAAAUUGUUUGAGAUAAUGGCGCAGAAGCAGACAAAUUUGUGCGUCGCUGCUGAUGUGGCGACUGUCGCUGAGCUGCUCGACAUAGCCGACAAGGUUGGACCCGAGAUAUGCAUGUUGAAAACCCAUGUGGAUAUAUUGACCGAUUUCGCCCCUGAUUUUGGAUCUAAACUUCGAUCGAUUGCAGAGAAACACAAUUUCUUGAUUUUCGAAGACCGCAAAUUUGCCGACAUUGGUAAUACAGUCACCAUGCAGUAUGAAGGAGGGAUCUACCAUAUAUUGGAAUGGGCAGAUAUAACAAACGCUCAUAUAAUUUCUGGUCCGGGAAUAGUGGACGGUCUAAAACUCAAGGGUUUACCUCAGGGCAGAGGUUUGUUUCUGCUCGCCGAAAUGAGUUCGUCUGGCAGUUUUGCAAAGGGUGACUACACGGCUGCAGCUGUGAAAAUUGCUGAAGAAAAUUCGGAUUUUGUUAUCGGCUUUAUAUCUGUGAAUCCUGCUUCGUGGCAUGGAGGGGUAAAUCCGUCAUUUAUUCAUGCAACCCCUGGUGUUCAAAUGGUGAUAGGCGGAGAUGCUUUGGGUCAACAAUAUAACACUCCAAAUUCUGUAAUAUCAGACAGAGGUAGUGACAUCAUCAUAGUCGGCCGUGGAAUUAUUAAGGCAGCAAACCCUGCAGAGGCAGCUCGGCAUUAUCGGCUUCAAGGAUGGGAUGCAUAUUUGGACAGCUGCAAGUAGAGGUUCAUAUGUAACCAAUCAUACAUAUUUUCUUCAAAUUUUAAUUAGUUUAUGAUAUAAGAACUUUUUUUUUUUUUU